AUGGGUAUCUCGAAGAUCCACGCCCGCUACGUCUACGACUCUCGUGGCAACCCCACCGUCGAGGUCGACAUCGUCACCGAGACCGGCCUUCACCGUGCCAUUGUGCCCUCCGGCGCGUCGACCGGCUCCCACGAGGCGUGCGAGCUUCGCGAUGGCGACAAGAGCAAGUGGGCUGGCAAGGGUGUCACCAAGGCUGUCGCCAAUGUCAACGAUGUGAUUGCACCAGCUCUCAUCAAGGAGAAGCUUGACGUCAAGGACCAGAAGGCGGUUGACGACUUCAUGAACAAGCUCGAUGGCACUCAGAACAAGACCAAGCUCGGCGCCAAUGCCAUUCUUGGUGUCUCCAUGGCUGUGGCCAAGGCCGCUGCUGCUGAGAAGAAGGUUCCUCUCUACGCUCACAUCUCCGACCUUGCUGGCACGAAAAAGCCAUACGUUCUGCCUGUUCCCUUCAUGAACGUGCUCAAUGGUGGCUCCCACGCUGGUGGACGUCUUGCUUUCCAGGAGUUCAUGAUCGUGCCUUCCGACGCACCAACCUUCUCCGAGGGUCUGCGCUGGGGUGCCGAGACUUACCAGAAGCUCAAGUCUCUGGCCAAGAAGAAGUACGGCCAAUCUGCCGGCAACGUCGGUGAUGAGGGCGGUGUCGCACCCGAUAUCCAGACCGCGGACGAAGCCCUCGAGCUCAUCACCGAGGCCAUCGAGCAAGCCGGCUACACGGGCAAGAUGAACAUCGCCAUGGACGUCGCCUCCUCCGAAUUCUACAAGACCGAGGAGAAGAAGUACGACCUCGACUUCAAGAACCCCGACAGCGACAAGAGCAAGUGGGUGACAUACGAGCAGCUGGCUCAGCAGUACAAGGACCUCGCGAGCAAGUACCCGAUCGUCUCCAUCGAGGAUCCCUUUGCCGAGGACGACUGGGAGGCGUGGAGCUAUUUCUACAAGAACUCGGACUUCCAGAUCGUCGGAGAUGAUUUGACGGUCACGAACCCGCAAUUCAUUAAGAAGGCUAUCGAUACCAAGGCUUGCAACGCGCUGCUUCUCAAGGUCAACCAGAUCGGUACCAUCAGCGAGGCUAUUCAGGCUGCCAAGGAUGCUUUCGGCGCGGGCUGGGGUGUCAUGGUUUCCCACCGCUCGGGCGAGACGGAGGAUGUCACCAUCUCGGAUAUCGUUGUCGGUCUCCGCGCCGGCCAAAUCAAGUGUGGUGCGCCGGCGCGAUCUGAGCGUUUGGCCAAGCUGAACCAGAUCCUGCGUAUCGAGGAGGAGCUUGGUGAUAAGGCUGUGUUCGCUGGCACCCAGUUCCGCAUUGCAGUGAACAUGUAA